CUCCUCUUGCCUCUCCUUUCUUUCUUUUUUGCAUUGUGUUUCAGCCACCGCAGUGUUUGAAUAUGAGGGAACUGCGCUGUAUUAUUAUUCAUAUUUUACUGCCGGAGAGGAAGUUACUGCGGUCACACCACCUGUCCAACUGUAGGAGUGUGUGGGCGUGGUUAUGAGCAGUCCCAUGGCUGGCUCCGCCCCCUCCAGCUCUAAAGACCGUCCAGCUUCAAGGAUCAAUUUUAUCCCAGAGCUACAGAGCAUGAUGUUUGCUCUGGGAGACGCUCGUAGGCCUUUGCAAGAGACUGCAGCGCUGGUGGAGGAUAUUGUACACACACAACUCAUUACUAUGCUGCAUCAUGCCUGCGAGGGAGCGGCUCUGCGUGGCUCAAGGGUUAUUUCACCUGAGGACAUCUUAUUCCUGAUGAGGAGAGACAAGAGGAAGUUGGCAAGAUUAUUAAAAUAUCUGCAGUUUAGAGAUUAUAAAUCCAAAAUACUCAAGACUCUUGACGAUGAAGACACACAGGCAGAAUCAGUGAACAAAUCGGGUGCUGUAGGUCCUGCUGGUGCUAACCAGCGGAGGCAGCGACUGGCCCAGGACUUCCUGGUGUGGAUGGAUCAGACCGGUGAACUCCUGUCAUUAGCAGAACGUCAGGAGAUAGACCCCAUCAAACAGGAGAGGAUGGAGCGUUUGGAGCGUCAGACUCGGAAUAUGGACCCGGCUCAAUAUGCUGAGUUCUGUGAGAGUCGACAGCUCAGCUUUGCUAAGAAAGCUUCAAAGUUUCGGGACUGGCUCGAUUGCAGCAGCCUGGAGCUGAAACCCAACAGCAUGGCCAUGGAGAUCCUGUCAUACCUGGCUUAUGAGACUGUUGCCCAGAUCGUGGAUUUGUCGCUCUUGGUGAAGCAGGAAAUGACAGCAAAGACGAAUCCAGUCAGUCAUGUGAUCUCUGCCAGCUACAUCCACUACAACACACAUGCUGAGCAGGUGAAGAAGGAUCCAGACUCACCUGAAGCCACCCCUCCCUCCACCCCAGGGUCCUCACACUCGUCAAAGCCCGUCCUACAAGGUAACGGCAGUGUGGAUGGGAGGGCGAGGCAGAGGAAACGUAAAAAGAGCUGUCCGGCUACAGUGGAGCCUCCCAGCGGAGCGAUCCAGCCCUGUCACAUCCGAGAGGCUAUUAGAAGAUACAACUACAGACACACAAGUGCCUAUUCCAGGAGUGGGAUGACCUUCCUCGCCUGCUGAGGACGCAUCAAUUUUUUAGGCACAUUCUUGGAUUUUGUUGUAUACAAUUUUCUUUUUCAAUUUCUAUUGUAAUAAAAACUUUUCAGUAAG